AGCUACUUGCAGCCCGUCCGACUUUCUGUAGACCAGACGGCCAUGACGGGAGGGUACGCGGACCGUCCUCGCAGUUCCUCCACGCCGAAGCCAAAGGUUUCAAGCCGCAAAGAGCGGCCAGAUACCAAGCCCAUGAAGUUCGAGAAAGACGGCGGCAGAUGUGGGAAUCCAGCCGAGGAUGGCUGGCGCCCGGGCAAGCGCAUGAACAUCACGGCACAGGACACUGGCCGCAUUCAGAACAAGACCAUCGUUUCAGUGGAGAGCCCAGACUGGAUGAAGUCCUUCUUCGAGAACAACCGUGGCUAUUUUGAGAAGCAGGGAAUUGCGCAGAAGCUGAAGAAGGCAGACAAGGCUGAAGGAGCUUCUGCUGCUGGCGUUGGCAGUGCGGGGCGGGCUCAAGGCAAGAAGACAGGAGCGAAUAUGACAUGCGAUGAGACUGGAAUGUCGUUAUGUCAGAAUGUCCCGUCUGCGUCAAGCCCAGACUGGAUGCAUAGCGCUCGGAAGAAGACGGAUCAAGAUUAUUUUACGCCCCGGCGAGUGGGUGAACGCGCUGGCAAAGAAAGGCACACGGCCGAGGCUUCACCGCUAAAAAGCCCUAGUCAGGUACAGCACCUGGUUGUUUCAGACCAUGUACCAGACUGGAUGAGAUCAACGGCCGCCUUUCAAGCGUUGGAGAAGGGUUCGCGGCCAAGAUCUGCUGAUGAUCUCGGCAGGGCUGCCGGCGUGGACAGCCACCGUGUGUGGGACGAAUCCGCUCGGAACAAGGCUGGCAAUCUCGUCCAUCCAACGACUGGCCGCGUGACCUACAAGAGCCAGCAAUCGCCCGACUUCCCUUUGGAUUCCGGCCUCGAGCACCGAGCGAAUUUCGAGGACACCAUGCGGAAGCGGCCACACUCUGCGCGCGGUCAUGUGGGCAGGUAUGCCGGAGACAGGAGCAAGGAUCGUUCAGCCAAGAAGGCGCCGGUGUUGGACCAGGACACUGGGAAAGUUGCCAAUAACUCCAUUGUCUCGCCUGAGAGCCCGCAGUGGUUCAAAGAACCUUUUGAAAACAACCGCAACUUCUUCGAGUCCAAAGGGGUGGCGCAGAAGCUGAAGACGAUGACAAAUGAGGAGCACAAGGACAAGGAGAAGUUUGUGGCAGGGCGGAAAAUUCCGCAGAGACAACGCCAGAACUUCAAGCAGAUCAAAAAUGAGGAGGGCAAGAUCCAGAAUUUGAGCAUCGUAUCCGUUGGCGCGCCCCAAUGGAUGAAGUCCCCAUUUGAGUCCAACCGGCCGUACUUCGAGAGCCACGGCAUCGCACAGGCCAGAAAGGCUGCGACCGAGGAGUCGACAAUGCGCCGGUCCAACUCCGCACCACCCAAGUCGCGGGGCUCGAGGGAGGAGACGGAGAAGAAGGAGGCCAAGGGAGUGCCUUCGCAUGCUGCUGAGCGGAGCGCGCGCCGUAAAUCCAGCGGCACAUCAUCCUCAAUCUCUGGCACAAGUAGGAGGACCAGCAGCACAGGCGGCUACUCGCGGUGUCACAGGGAGUUGCCAAGGCAGACGUCUCUGACAUCCAUGACGGAUCAGCAUUGCUGACCCAAGUGGUCCAGCGGCUGCCUCAGGUUGCAGGAGCCUUCAGAACAAAGCGUUGGUCGCUGAGAGAAGAUCGCAGCGGAAAAGAUACUGUCAAGGUUGCCCGUACGUACGCUCAUUCGCA